AUGAAGCGUCAAAAAUUGCCCAUAGUGGUUGGUGGUACUAAUUAUUAUAUCGAAGCAUUAUUGUGGGAUUAUUUAAUAAAGGAAGAGAAUAUAUCAGCAGAUGAAACUAAUGCCAAUGAUUAUCAAAAUAAACCUUUAUCUGAUGAUACCGAAAAAAAAUCUGCAAACUCGUACGAAGAAUUGAAAUUAUUAGAUCCUGAAAGAGCUGCAAUGUUACAUCCAAAUGACACUAGAAAAAUUUUACGAAGUUUAGAAAUUAUAAAAAGGAAUCAAGUCAAACAUAGUAGCUACAUAGAACGUCAGCGACAACAACCUGGUGGAAGUUUCUAUUCAGGACCGUUAAGAUUUUCAUCUGCUGCUAUAUUUUUAUUGGAAUGCGAUCAAAAUGUUUUAGAUCAAAAAUUAGAUGCGAGAUGUGAUGAAAUGAUUGAAAAAGGCCUUCUACGGGAACUGUAUACUUUUUAUCAGGAUUGGCAAGUACAUUCGGGCAGUAGGCCGGUCAAUACUGAAAUAGGCUUAUUUCAAAGUAUCGGCUUUAAGCAGUUUAUGCCAUACCUUCAACUUAUAGAAAAAGAAGAAUGCUCUUUAGAUACAAAAGGACCAUCCGAUAAUGUACCAGCAAUUUAUUCAUUUGAUGUUACCCCUAAUAGUUUGAAAUCUGAAAUAUUGGAGAGAUCAGUCUCUAUUACCAAAGCUCUGAUCGAAGGUAAAACACCUACAGAAUCACCAGUAAGGAAAUAUACAGGUUACUCGGAGAUCAGUAACAGAUUACAACGAUUCACGUGUGAUUUAUGUAAUGUUACUGUAAUAGGAGAGAAAUCUUGGAUAGCUCAUAAGGGUUCUAGAAGACAUCGCUAUAGCCUUAGGAAAAUUCGUCGAGAUUCUAAAUCUUCGUAA